GUUAAGCCAAGAGCGGCGUCACACGCCAUGAGAGCCGCACCCCGUCUGCUUCUGCGCAGGAGACCACUUCCUCGCCGCAGCAGCGGAUCGGCGCAUCAGCAUCGCGCGCUCACCUUCUCCCCGCCACGCCGUCGGUGCGCGUGUCAGGGGUCACCGUCCUCCGGCCUGGAGGAGCAGGAGGAGUUUGAGGUGCUGGACGCCGAAUCUGGCACGGUGCGGUGCGCGGCCAACUAUGCGCCGCUGACGCCGCUCAGCUUCAUCGAGCGCGCCGCGGCCGUGUACGGCGACCGCCCCGCGGUGGUGUACGGGGAGUCCUGGUCUUGCACGUGGAGCGAGGUCUGGGAGAGGUGCUUGCGCGUCGCCGCCGCGCUCGCCACCCGGUUCGGAGUCGCCCGCGGUGAUGUGGUUGCUGUUCUUAGCCCGAACGUGCCGGCGAUGUACGAGCUACACUUCUCCGUGCCCAUGGCAGGCGCGAUCCUCUGCACCUUGAACACACGGCAUGACGCAGCCAUGGUGUCUGCGUUGCUGAAGCACUCUGGCGCCAAGGUGUUGUUUGUCGAGUCAGGCCUCCUUGAUGUUGGGAGAGCCGCUCUUAAUAACCUAGCCGGCGACGAGUCUAGCGCCACGGCCCUUCCGGUCCUCAUAACCAUCUCACACGAUGGAGACUGCAUCAACUCCGCAUACACAGACUACGAGAGUCUCAUCAGAGAAGCACCUUUAGGGUUCGACAUCCGUUGGCCGCUGAAUGAGUUGGACCCCAUCGCGUUGAAUUACACAUCUGGCACAACUGCGAGGCCCAAGGGCGUGAUCUACAGCCACCGGGCCGCGUACCUCAACACUAUUGCAACGGCUCUCACGUACAACAUCACUGUCACGCCCACUUACUUGUGGACCGUGCCGAUGUUCCACGCCAAUGGGUGGAACCUAUCAUGGGGCAUCGCCAUGCAGGGCGGCACCAACGUCUGCUUGCGCCGCUUCACGGCAAAGGUCAUCUUUGAUAAGAUCUCACAACACAAGGUGACGCACAUGGGCGGCGCACCCACGGUUCUCAACAUGAUCGUCAACGCACCAACUGGUGACCGAAAGCCACUGCCAGUGAUAGUACAUAUCAUGACCGGCGGUGCCCCACCACCGCCUAGCAUCUUGUAUGGGAUGGAAGAACUUGGAUUCAUAGUAUACCAAAUGUAUGGUCUCACAGAGACUGGCCCAGCCACCAUCAAUACGUGGAUGCCGGAGUGGGACAUGUUGCCAACCGAGGAGCGGUCACGGCUCAUGGCACGACAGGGGUUUCAUCAUCACAUCGGUAUACAAGACAUUGAUGUCAAGAACCCAACAACCAUGGAGAGCCUUCCACAUGAUGGCAAAACUAUCGGGGAGGUGAUGUUUCGAGGUAACACCGUCACGAGCGGGUACUACAAGGACAUCAAUGCAACCAAGGAGGCAAUGGCCCAAGGGUGGUUGCACACGGGCGAUCUUGCUGUGAAUCAUCCGGAUGGGUACAUCCAGCUCAAGGACAGGGCCAAGGACAUCAUCAUAUCCGGCGGUGAGAACAUAAGCUCGAUUGAGGUGGAGGCGGUGAUCUUUAGCCACCCGGCAGUGCUUGAGGCAGCGGUCGUGGCAAGGCCAGAUGACCACUGGGGUGAGACACCUUGUGCGUUCGUCAAGUUAAAGACUAACGUCGAUGCAACCGAAAUAGAGAUUAUAAACUUCUGUCGGGAUAAGUUGCCACAUUACACGGUGGUCUUCGCUGACUUGCGCAAGACUUCGACAGGGAAGACUCAAAAGUUUAUUCUCCGUCAGAAGGCUCGGGCUAUGGGCAGCCUUGUGAAGACCUAAAAUAGCGUGCAUGAAAUCAUUUGUCUCGGUCAAAAUAUGGUAUUGUACCGUAUGGGCUGACUAUAGCUUUGAAACAGAAAUAAAUGACAAAGAGACAACUAUUUGGUUGUUAUAU